UGUCAGAAGGAAGAAAGUCCCCUUGCGUCUUCUCCCCCUUCCCCAGCAGACAUUCCCUUCCAGAAACGGUCGCGACAUUCAAAGAAGAAGAUAAACGAGGUGGACAGGAAGCUGCGUGCCGUGAACGCCGUCUUCUCCCCCAAUGGGUGUAUCCACCAGGAGACGGCGCGUGACCUUCCACAGCAGGAUGCUGACGACGUGAUGAUCGUGACGGAGACUGGGGCUGCGGUCAUGUGACCAACAGGGCUCAAGGUGCGAUGUCGCACUGACGUCUACAAGUUGCCCGUCACGAUGAGCACAUCGGUGGGCCAGAUGCUGAAUCAGUUGGCGGACAUCUUGGGCGUGCCAGCCUUCCGCCUGCGGCUGCUGAGGGGGGAGGCCGAGCUUCUUCCGACCAAUGUGGGUGACUUGGGCCUGGACAUUGCUGACAUCUGGGUGAAAUGCGUCGUCAUGGCGACGGAUGAGAGCCCGGUCAUCACGGUGCGUCUGCAGGGCAAAGACCGAGAUUCCACGCGGGACUUCUCCGUGCACAAAGAGGCGGAGCUUGGCGGCAUUUUCUCGCAGUACGUGUCUGCGCUCCCCGACGCCACCAAGCAGAAAGUCAAGUUUCACUUUGAUGGCUGCAAGGUGACAGAGGGACAGACGCCGGCGCAGCUGCACAUGGAGGACGGAGACAUCAUCGAGGUGUGGAUGUGAUGCCGACACAAAAGCACUGCCACCUUCUUUUGUCAAUGCUGGGGAAACCAAAUCACUGUAUUUUUAAGAACAUUUUGUUUGUACUCUGGAUGACAUUAAAGACAUUUUUUGGUUAA